UUCAGUCUCAAAGUUUCGCUCACACCGUCGGGAAGCAGACAGCGGUCCGUACUGCUGUUCACGUUCACGGUUCACGUACCGAGGGCUGCCCCAAAACGCCUUGCCUGCAAUUCCGGUGCGGUUUCUCUUUCUUUCGAACCCCACCGCGGUACGAUCGCGCUUGUGUGUGUUUGCGUGUGCCUUUACAGUGUGUGGGAGCAGCAUAAGGUCUGCACACCAGCGUGUUUGUGCAUUGUGCAACGACGACAUGCACAAUCAAGCUUCGAACGCAUAACAACGAUCGUAGGCCAGUUUGUGCUUUAAUUCUUCGACUUUGGCAGCCCCCCAAAAUAAAUCUGCACCCCGUGGUUUGUGAAUCGCGCCGAGCAGUGUCUAUGUUGUGCAUGUGCCGGGCAUUCGUAAUAGUGUCGCGGGUGGACCACCAAAAAACCGUCGUCUAGUUCCGGUUGCUGGUACUGCUGCUGCUGCCAAAGAAGGACGGUUUUGUAGGGGGACCGUACCCGGUGUGUCGCAACCGGGUAUCGCGAGUAUUCAUUCGCCGAGCUGCAAAGCGCUAAAUCAAACGGUGCGAAAGCUAAGCGUGUGUGUGCGCGCCAGCGAAUGACUCGGGUCGCUUUAGGGGAGGGAGUCUGAAAACAGAAACAAACCUGUACCCUUAACGCCGAUCGCCGUGGAGAAAUCGAUAUUGUGCAAUCUGGUGUCUGCCAACGCGCCAAGGGAUCGAGGAAAACGUGCGAGACGAGCGUACGAACCGAAAGAAAGAAGGAAAGAAAAUUGAAUGCAAAAUUGUCAACCGGAACAAAACCGUUUGAGAGAUCGUUUGGAGAGCACAAAACCCUCCCCGCCGUAGAAGCCCCCAGAGAUCCAGUCAGUGUUGGUGAUAUUCGGUGCGAUCACGAUUCGCGAGAUCCAAAGAGACGGGACGGUGUGGUGCAAUUCGAAAGCAAAAAUGCAGUGAUACACUUUUCCGUGCCUGAAAUUGAAUAGAGUUUGUGCCGAAGGGUGUGUGUGUGUGUUUUGUGAAACGAAUAGAAAAUGAAUCGAUCUUCAAUUGAUCGAUCUAAUUGAUCGAAAUUACGGUACCUCCCUUGAGCCGUCCGAGAACCGAGCACAAGAGAAAAGUGAACACCAAGCGAAAGUGUGCGCGAGAGAUUGGAUUUAAGUUGAAAUUUCCUGUUCAGAAUUCCUGGGCAGCUGCGAAGAGGAAAACCGUUCCAGCGUGUGCAGUGUCCUGCAGCAGACACAGCAAGAUGGGUGGUAGCAGGGCAGCAAUGCCGAAGUACGCCAUCGUUUGGUGCGUAGUUUGGUGCAGUCUUGGCCUAGCGUUGCCAAGAUCGGCCGCUCAACAGAACAACAACUUCUACUUCGCGCAAUCGCAGGGCCGGUUCGUGCCAUCGUUCGAGAACCCACGGAACGGUUUCUUCCCGUCGGCACUGCAACGCCAACAGCCACCACCGGACUCGUACCAGGAGCAGACACUGUUCGUCAACAGCAACAACGUCGACCGGGGCAACGGUGCCAACGAUGGGGCGGCUGGUUCCCGCGGCAUCACACCGUCCUACUAUCAGUUUACGUAUACGACCCCACGGAGUGCGGAUAUUUUCGAAAUAUCACCACGACCCUUUUCCGCCACACCGUCCUCGAACGCCGGCUUCCAGUACUCGCGCAGUCCACCGAGGAGUGACUUCUUCUCCAAUGGACUCACGGCCAGUCGGAACUUCCCGGCGACGAACCGUCAGCUAGCGAGCAGCAGCUCGCAGCGCAAAAGUCCGUUCAGCAGCAGCUCGUCCGGUGCCGGUGGGUUCGCGGAGUUGUCCACCACCGAAACGCCCCAGCGUCCACCACCCCCAGCACCGGCCCCAUCCUCCCCGGCCGAAUCGACGUCCGUGCGCGAUCGUCAGCUAUCGUACAUCUCGAACCGUGCCCGACCAUUCGCGAGCGAAGAUCAGCAGCAACCACCGACUCGUGCCGCGGCCUAUCAGGCAGCAUCCCAGCAACGGCAGCAGCUACCACGCAGCCCAUCGUCAGCGUCCACCGGUACGCGGAACAGCUUCACGAGUUCUAGAUCAAAACCGACCGAUAGUGCACCGACGAGUGGCAGCCGAUCGCAGUCCGCCCAGAAUGGUACCUCGAGCGGGCGCUUCGGAGGAAGCAGUGGCACGCAGAACAGUCGUAGUACCACGGCACGCCCGAAUCGCUAUCGAUCGAUACCGACUACGACGACGACCACGACCGAGGCACCAACGGAGCGGACUACCACGGUGGACAGUGUUGCCGUGCGGAAUCGAUUCAGUGGCAGAACGCCAGCUCCAAAUCCCUUCCGGCAAACGUUCGAAGCAAAGCGUGUGCCCACCGCAAACAGCGCCAUCGCGACGCGUGGAGCCUUCCCGAGUGCAAGCAAGCUAAAGACGACCACCACUACCACGACAACCACCACCACGACCACGGCCAAGGUGCCGGUGCUGUCACGGUUCAUCCAUCAGCCAGCGAAACCGAUCAUACCGAGCAUCAACAUCACGCACAACGGAUCGGCCAAGUCGGCCGAAGUCAUCUACGACUACGACGAUUACGAAGAGUCGAAAGAAUCGGCCGGGUUCGGUGAAGGUGACAAGCAGCAGGAAAUUAACGACUUCCAACCGGUAACGCCGGCGACGAAGAACAACUCGAUCGUGCCGACGAGUGCAGUGCACGAACAAAGGCCAGCCCCGGGCACGGCACUCGCACCAAACGUGGGCGUUUCCGCUACAUCCCCUGCCGGGGCCGGAAAAUCGGUGCUGGAAGAUCCGGACGGCCGGUUGAACAAUAUCAGCGAGAACGAGUACUACGAUACGGUGCGCGAGUCUGAAACGGCGCCGGGAGAUUCGGUUGGCGUUGAAGACCAUACGGUUAUUCUGACGGACAACUUCUACCUACCGAACGGUGGUUCGGAGGAAACGUUCGAGGAGGAGGAGGAGGAGGAGGACGAGGAGCCGGUAGGUUUGCAGCGAGAGAUUAACAGUACGGCUGAGCUGGGUGCGGAACAGCAGGAAAAGCUGUACGACGAUGAGUACGUGUACGAGGACGAAGAACCCGUCACGACCACAUUGCGUCCAACGGCUAAGACAGUGGCUGUUCCACCGGCUGGAGUAUCGGAACCGCUGGAUGAUUCUGCUGCUGAUAUGUUACAGUUUUCGGACGAAGAUUUGAGGGAGGAUGGUUUGGGUGGGAAAUUGCCGGCAAGCGCGGGGGGAACGCAAGAAACGCUACCCGAGGGUACUCCAUCAACAGUCGCACCUACAGCACGCACCGAGUCCACAACCGAAUCGACCCUUUCAACUACGGAGCGUGUUGCGAGCUCGAGUGAAGCGGAUGCAGCCGCUAAUGCUACGACGGAAAGCUGGGUAGUGGUGGCAUCGGUGCAGACGAGCCGCAGUGUUUCCGGGGCAAGAUUCUUGCCGUUCCCGCAGGUUGAACAGGAGGAGAAGAAGCAACCGUUGGCGGAGCUCGAAUCGAAGGGAAGCAAUGAAACUGAUGAUAUCGAUGUUACCACGGCAAGCGGCAUCAGCGAAGAGUCGGAUGGCGUCACCACGAUUGCCCCACAGGAACCGGUCAUUGCGGUGACGGACGAGGUGGAUUCGGUGACGACGGAGAAAACGUUACUCGCCCAGUCUACCGAGAGCAUUAUCGAUAAGUUAGAUCGUGUGCAGUCGGAACUGUCCAGUGGGCUGUUUGCCGGUAAGUUCCCUGUGCUGAAGGAUCCCACCGCCGAAGAUCAGAAAGCAUCCAGCUCGACGGCACUGCCACCGGUCGUGAUCAGAAAGUUCCAAGCGAAUGCACGUGCAACAACGACGAAGAAACCACGCCCGGGGUUGACCACUACCGUUAAGCCGACCACGACAACCGACAGCCUGGUGAAGAAGAUCAAGUUUGAAACGAUCGAUGACAUAUCGGCUCUGCUGCCACCGGAUUAUAAGGCAAAGGCGGGUUUCAAGCUGAAAAAACCUAAUCCUCCCGGUGAAACGGUACCAGCGGCGGUGAAUGACGCUCCGGUGGAGGUGGAGUCGGCCAAGGCCGAGUUGGGCAAUCGAUUCCGCAGUGCCAACAUUAGCCGCUCGUACAAGAGCAAUGUACCGAUCCAGGAGCUAAGCUCACUGCUGCCCAAAGAUUACAAGCUCAACCGCACCGAGGAGGACAUUAAGAACACGAACAAUCUUAAGGAGCUCAUCAGCAAGGUGAAGGUGAACGAGAAGCUCAACCCCGCGUUGGAUCUGCUGAAGAAAGCGCAAAAGGUCGAUGUGAGCGCUUUCCUGCCACCAGGCUACAAGCCGGAAAGUAAAUCAGAGGCUACGACACCGGCAGCAAAGGUCCUCCCAGUAUCGGUCGAGGACGACGUAAGCAAGUUCCUGCCACCGGGCUACAAAACGUUCAAGACUACGAAGAAACCGACCACACCGGCACCCUCAACGGUGAAGGAUGAUAUUGGCAAAUUUUUGCCACCCGGUUACAAACUUCCGAAAGAGUCAUCCGCGGACGGUACAUCCGAGCGUCCGAAGGUGGUGUUCAGCGAGGACGUAAGCAAGCUACUUCCACCCGGCUACAAACCACCGGCCGACGAGGACGCCAAGCCCGAAGCGGAAGUGAUCGAUCCGAACAGUUUGUUGAAAAAGAUCCAGUUUAAGGAUGCGUCCGCACUGCUUCCACCGGGCUUCAAUGCAAGCAAACCCGAGGAACCGCCGAGUACGGUUGCAACGGCUUCGGCUGGCAGUGGCUUUAAGGUAGUGUUCCCAAGUCGUCCGGGAGCGAAAAAGCCGCUGCCUGGUGGUAUUGGUGGUGGUGGAGUUCGUGCCACCACAGCCAAACCACUGCAUGCGGAAGGUCCGGGAGUGCCGGAGAUUCACAUCCGCAAGGGACCACCAACACGGGCGACAACCGAGUUCACCGGAUGGCCAACGCCCUCAACUACGCCACUCUCGAUCGAGAAGUUGCUGGAGCAGCAGAAACAGCAAGAACUGCUCGAAAAGCUGCUGGCCUCAUCGAGCAGCACGAGCACGUCUACGACAACAACGACGACGACUACAACCACCACCACGACGCCUAGACCAACGGAACCAGGUCUCUGUCACUCGGAGUGUGAUCUGGCGGGCACGAUACGCAUCGUGGACGGUGUGAACUGGGUACCGGAGCUGCUGGACCACAAUACGGCCGAAUGGAAAAAGUUGGCGCGCGAGGUCGAAACGGAACUGAACGAGGUGUACAGCAAGGCGAAGAACCUGAGCAAGUGGUACAAGAAGGUGCGCAUCGAUAGCUUCAACAAGGGCAGCGUGUUGGUGGACUAUUUUGUCGAGCUGACCGACUUGACGCGCGACGUUAAUACGCUCGAGAUAAGGAAGAUGUUCCACGAGGCACUUGUACCGGUGCCGGAAACAACGACACCGCCCACGACCACAACGACCGGUGCGGAUGACUAUGAUGGUGAGCGAGCGGACGAGGAAACCAAAGCUGAGAAGGAGCCGGUGGUAGUACAGCGGGAAAAUUUGCAAGCCCCGGCACAGCGUGUGAAGGAAGUGUUUCAGCUAGGAAAGUUCCGGGUCGAUCCUGUGUAUACUGAUUUUACAGUUAUUCCGAAGCCAAUCGUUGCUGCUGGACCGGCGAUUGAAGACGAUCUGUUCCUGCCACAGUGGGCUAUCGCUGUGAUCGUGAUCGGCUUGGCGUCGCUGCUCUUCGUUAUCCUUUUCGGCGUCACUGUGCUAAUCAACCGCCAAAAGGCCGCCAAAAAGAAGGCACCAACGCCACUGACCGCUGACAUGCUGAACGAGCUGAACAAGAACCAUAUGGGCGGUAUCGAGAACUUUGGUUCCGAGGACCUGUACAAUCUGGACGAUGCAUGGGACGAUCGUAUGCACGAUGUGAAGCCAAAGCGAUUCUCGAACUCGAUGCACGGUAGCAGCGCUUCGAACAUUUACGACAGCUGGCGAUCGCAACGCCACCCGGAGAACUACUUCUACGAUGACUACGGUCUGAAGGGAUCGCACUAUCCACCGAGUGGACACCACCACCGGUUACACGAUCCGGCGUUCAUGAUGCACGAACCACCGCCACCGGUAAUGGCAAUGUAUCCGCCGUACCAUCAUGCGCCACCACCACCCAACAGUCACCACUUUACCAACAGCUCGCGACGGUACUAUCGGGACUAUGAUCCGAACUUCUGAGCUUGGCUGCCAUUGCCAUAGGAGCUAUAUAAUGAGCGUGUGCGUGAUCCUCUCUUCCUUGGUACUACCUUGUGCGGUGGGAAAAAAGGGGAGACCCCACGCGAUACAACAGUUCAGUUGUUGUAGGGUUGUUUUCUAAGCAAUCGGUUUCGUCCGCUUGAAGUGGACCUGAAGUCUUACUGUUAACUGUAGGAAUCGUCGUAUCGUGUAGUGAAGCGUAGCUGCUAAUGUAUAUAAAUUAUUUAUUUUUAAUAAAAGAAAAUACUAUAGAAUAAAUAUGAAAACCUUCAA